AUGCGUCCUGACAUACGACAGGAGCCACACCAAUUUCAAGCGCAGGUCGUUCUGCAAGACGGUAAGCGCCAAGAUGGUAGCCGUUCACGUCGUUGCCGUGGUCACUAUAGUGGUGGCAAGGGAUGCCGGCGCACGCGUCCGUCCCGUGUGACACUUCAUUACCAUGAGCACCGGCUUGACGAGGAUCUGGACGCCAUGCAUGCUGUCCAGCGCAGCAGGCCAGGCAACCGCAACAUUGUGGUCAAGGCACGUCGCCGUGUGGGGAGGAUCAACACCUCCAUUUCCGAGCAACGCCUCCGCCACCUUUUCGCCACUUCGGAGAAGGUGUGUGCUGAGAGCAUCCCGGCGACGGCUCGGUCCAAGCGCGAGGCAGAUGAGGCUGCGACUACGCCAUCUAGUACCGCUGCGCCUCCGCCGGACUGUGUGGAUAUAGAUGAAGGCUGCACCAGUUCUUCACGGCUGUGA